CACAGUGGAACCAUCCUCGUCACUCGGCGGUGUUGUUGCCACGUCGAAAAUACAAGCAGCUUUUUAUUGGCUUCCUUUAGCAGUGUUAUAAACUUGUUAUAAAAACCCUAAUUUUUUGAUAUGGUGUCCGUCAUUAACACUGUGGAUACCUCCCAUGAGGAUAUGAUUCAUGAUGCUCAGAUGGACUACUACGGCACAAGACUGGCAACCUGCUCCUCCGAUCGAUCUGUGAAGAUCUUUGAUGUGAAGAAUGGAGGCCAGAUUCUUGUGGCAGACCUAAGGGGACAUGAAGGCCCAGUGUGGCAAGUGGCCUGGGCGCAUCCCACCUAUGGGAACAUCCUGGCCUCGUGUUCGUAUGACAGAAAAGUGAUCAUCUGGAAAGAAGAAAACGGAACGUGGGAUAAGAUGUACAAGUACACGGGCCACAACUCCUCAGUGAACUCGAUCUGUUGGGGACCCUACGACUUCGGUUUAAUCCUGGCCUGCGGAAGCUCCGAUGGCGCCAUCUCGAUUCUGACCUUCACUGGUGAUGGGCAGUGGGACAUCAAGAAGAUCAACAAUGCACACACUAUUGGCUGCAAUGCAGUGAGUUGGGCUCCAGCUGUUGUUCCAGGCAGCCUCAUAGACCAGCCUACGGGACAGAAACCGAACUACGUGAAGAGAUUUGUCUCUGGAGGUUGUGACAACUUGGUCAAACUUUGGAAAGAGGAGGAUGGUCAGUGGAAGGAGGACCAGAAGCUGGAGGCACACAGUGAUUGGGUGAGAGAUGUAGGCUGGGCUCCGUCUAUUGGUCUACCGACCAGCACAAUUGCCAGCUGCUCUCAGGAUGGUCGCGUGUUCAUCUGGACAUGCGACGAUCCCUCUGGAAACACCUGGACCGCUAAACUCCUGCACAAAUUCAACGAUGUAGUUUGGCACGUCAGCUGGUCCAUCACGGGCAACAUCCUGGCCGUAUCCGGAGGAGACAACAAGGUGACCCUGUGGAAGGAGUCCGUGGGCGGACAGUGGGCUUGCAUUAGCGACGUGAAUAAAGGUCAAGGGGCCGUGACCUCCAUCACAGACGGCCAGCAGAACGAGCAGUGACCUGGAACCUAGUGGAGAUGGGUUCAGACACACAGACAAGCUUAUUAAGCCUUAGAGACUUUCUUAAACCAAUGACCUGUCAUUCCCCCAACUGCCAGUAAAUCCAGAUCACCAGAACAGUCUGAACUACUUUUUCAAUCAAUUUCUGAAGUCCUUCAAAAGUUUUUCAAAGGUAAUAUGGACGCUAUGAUGGAUUGAUUGCGGUGCUCUUUGCAAUGUAGGAUUUUCUGAUAUGUCCUUUGAAAGUAGAUUUAAUAAGCAUUGUGAUUUAAUGAUCUGAAGGUGCAAAGCCCAGAUCUUGUAUUGAAUAUCUUAAGUGGAAUGACGAAUGAUAUUUUGUUUGAAAUUCUCUCAUAUUGCCCCUGGAUUAAUAAACUUUUAUAAGUAAUUAUAUACUUAAUUUUGAUAUUGUUUUUCAGUGUAGCAUUGAAAUGCACAAAUAGCUGUAGCUGAAGGAUCUUGAAAAGAUGAUGAAUACUGGUUUAAGGGCCUGGUCCCACUAUUACCUAUAACUACAACUAUGAUAAUACCUUUAUCUGAAUUUAGUUCCAGUCUGGAUCAGUCACUCCACGACGAUAUCGCUUGGUCCUGCCCCGCAGGUAAAUAAAUGCAUACAACUUUGGAA